GCAAUUGUUCUUCCUGUUUUAUUUAGGGAAAGGGAGUGUGGGAGGGGCUGCUAUUUUAGAAAGAAAGCCUCUCCCUUGAAGUCUCAUUUGAAUAAAGAUCUUAAGGAGCCUUUUGCUGAUUUGGGGAAGAAUCCCCACGCAGACAAGAGUAGGCCAGGCUCUGUUGUCGGGAGUGCCUGGAACAGCCUGAAGGCCAAUGUGGCUGGGGCAGAGUGAGAGGUGAGCAAACUAGUAGGAAAUGAGAUCUUAUGUGAAACCCCCAUGUCAUAGGGUUCUUGCACACCCAAAGUGGAAUGACUACUGAGUCCACAGUCUGGCUUCAUUUUCUGGACGUUCAAGUGAUGAUAAGGAAUUGCAAGGAAAGCCUGCUGUCAAACAACAAUCUCCUCAUUAAGUUUCACAUGAACACAUACAAAAAAGGACAUUCUCUUUUUCCCUCUCAGGACCUUUGCAUUUCAACAGCUUGAAAUGCUCUUCUUUACUCCUCUUCCUAUCAAAUUCCCCAGGUUUAAUUUAAGCUCUGCCCCCUGUGAGAACCUUCUCUUAACUCCUCCAGCUGACACUGAGUCAAUCUUCUUUGUGACUAGGGGGUCUUAACCUAGGACUUCCCUGGCAUCAGUAAAUUAUUUACAGGAACUCUGAAACUGCAUAUGAAAAAUUUUGUGUAUCAAUCAAUAUGCUUUUCCAAGGGUGCUCAUAAAUCCCAUGAGAUUUUCAAAUGAGUUUGUAGCUUUGAAAGGUGGAGAACCACCAGGCACUCAUGGACGGUGCUUCUCAAACAUUAAAUCUGCACGCAAACUAUCCACAUUUCAUUAGACUGAAGAUUCCAACUUGGUAGCCCUGGAGUGAGGCUUGGUGCUGCUGGUCCUGGGACCACACUUGGUAGCAAGAGACUAGAAUGUGGUCAGCAUUUGCUUGUGUACCCUGGCAAGGUGCUCUCUGCACUUAGGUAAAUCACAGGUUUCUGGACAGCAAGGGCACUGACAAUACUACUUGUCUUUUCUCCCAAGUAGGGACUAAUAGAAAAACAGCCCACUGUUGGGCCUGACAGGUGGUCUACAGAUACCAGGCUUCUAAGGUUACCACCAAAUGUUUAAGGCUAAACCUUUCCAAAAUUCACAGCAGAAUCUCAAAACUCCUAAAAUCUUCCUGAAGCAAAGCUUUUUCCUCUCUUCCGGUAGUAGAGUCCCAUAACAUGUUGAAACCUAAAUCCAUCAACUCUACAAGCUAUCAUAGUUAGCACAGGAAAUGCACUCAUUUGGAAGAAUAAUUCACUAUAUGAGGGAUCAGUUACUCACUGAAGAUGCUCAGUACAAAGAAAUAACGUGAGGCACAGGGCAUGGUGGCUCAUGCCUGUAAUCCCAGCACUUUCGGAGGCUGACGCAGAAGGAUCACUUGAGGCCAGGAGUUUUGAGACCCUGGGGGAAAAAAAAAAAAGGAAAGGAAGGGAAGGGGAGGGGAGGGAAGCGGAGGGGUGGGGAGGGGAGGGCAGGGGAGGGGUGCGGAGGCGAGGCCAAAGGAGCCAAGAUAAAUCAAACCACCAGGCCCUUGAAUGAGCAGGUCCUGGAUAACUGUUUAGAGUCCAGCAGUGAAGUCUCAUUUAAAAACGGCAGAGGGAGAGAAAGCCUCUAAAAGGCAAGGGAUAAUGUAGAAAAGUAAAAAUAGGUUUUAGAAUAAAAAUGCCGUUUCAGACAAACUGCCACUCUAUAUUUGCAAAACCUGUAAAAGAAGUUAUUUAUUUGGCCAUGUAGAAAUACAGUGCUUUUAACAGCAGCUAACAAUAGAUCACGUGAAAAAAAUUACAUACAAGACAUGUGUGUCAGGAAUGUCUUUAUGUGUUCAAAAGGAAUUUUUCAUGUGGUAUUUUAUAUAUAUGCACAUAUUAUUUGGACUUAUAAAAUACCCUAUGUAAUGAAAACUAUGCAUAAAUAUUUAUAAAAAUACCUUUUUCUAAGUAGGCCAGGAACAUUUAAUAUUUUUCAAUAAAUUAAUAUAUAAAAUAUAUACAUUAGUGCCAAAUGGAACAUAUAUUUUGAAAUAUGAAACCCAAGUAAAAUGCUCAGGAAUCUGGAGUAGAAUCCAGGUAUCUGCCAAAGGAAACUUUGGACGAGUUGUCUUUUGAAGAAGGGAAACAAUGCUGGGUCUCUUAUCUUCACGGACUGUUUUGCUUGUCAAACUUCUAACAUCACUUCAGCCGAGUUUCGUAUUUGACUUCCAACCUCAUGGCCAUUUGACCUGCCAACUAUUAUUUUUCUUUGAGGCUUUUAACACCCCACCCAAGUAUUUUGCUUUCCAGAUUGUGUGCGUUUCCUUUUCACUUCACCUUAAAGUCAGCCUGGGUUUACAACAUCGGCUUAAGGCGCACCCUCUAAGGUUUCAGACAGACCCAGGGCACCGCGGCGAUGACCUGAAGCUGAUACCUCUCGGCAAAGCCAAGGUGCCCGGGAGGUUCUCCGCGUUGUGCCAGGAUUUCCAUCCAACCCGAGAGUCUCAGGGCAGAGGCCAGGCCCCCAGCGUCCGACUCCCAGGGGUCCCAGCCCCCUCCCCUGGCUGACCAAGCGGGCUGGGACCUCCCAGCCGGAAAACACCGCCCUUUCCUGUCGCCUACUCCUUCCCCAGGCCAACGACUCGCGGAGGAGGAAGAGACGGAGGCCGAUUAAGAAAAUUAGCAUUCAUUAACCCGGUUCACGCUCGGGCCCCGGCGGAGGGGAGGGGCGCGCCGGGCGGCGGCGCUGGCGGUGGCCGGGUGACCGGCGGGCGCAGGUGCCACCGCGGGCUGAAUUUUACUCUCUCGGGCCGGCAGCUGCGCCACUUGCGCCUCGUCGCGCGUCUGGGGCAGCCGCCACCGGCUUGCCCCAGCUUUAGGCAAAUCCUUUUGAAAGACCCUGAGGGAGAAGAAACGCCUCCCUCUGGGUAGGAGAACCUGUAGCGUCUGCUGUUCGUCGCGUGUCCAGUUGCUCAGCCGGGAGCUCCGGCAUCUUCAGGGCGCGAAGUCCACUCUCCGGGUUUUGGCUGCAGCUCUGAGGGGAGCGAGCUAGAAACUGACAGAACGCGACCCUCCCCCUCCGCGCCCACCGGAGCCCGGGCUGAGAGGGACCUGGGGAGCUGCGGCCUGGCCGGGGCGGCGCACUCAGGUGGCCUCGCUUCCCUGCGGGUCACCGCCCGCCACGCCGGAACCUCGCACAGCUAGGUCGGCCUGUUGGGAUCGGGAGAGGUUUGUCCUGGUUGUGGUCAAGACUGGAUGAUGUAACUGACUCUCUAGGAAGCCUCACUUGGCCGUAACCUCAGGAAGGUUCUCUUUGACCUCAUCUCAUUUCGAAGCCACUUCUGAAGCCACUUGAGAAAAAUGAUGUGACAGUUCCUAUCAAAAAGGAUUCAGAAACAUAUACCAUCUGUGAAGAAAGUGGCCCUUUUUCCCGCUUGCAAAAUAGACAUUCUCAAAUUCCAAAAUGCCAGCCAAGACCCCAAUUUACCUGAAAGCAGCCAAUAACAAGAAAGGAAAGAAAUUUAAACUGAGGGACAUUCUGUCUCCUGAUAUGAUCAGUCCCCCGCUUGGAGACUUUCGCCACACCAUCCACAUUGGCAAAGAGGGCCAGCACGAUGUCUUUGGAGAUAUUUCCUUUCUUCAAGGGAACUACGAGCUUUUACCUGGAAACCAGGAGAAAGCACACCUGGGCCAGUUCCCUGGGCAUAAUGAGUUCUUCCGGGCCAACAGCACCUCAGACUCUGUGUUCACAGAAACGCCCUCCCCGGUGCUCAAAAAUGCCAUCUCCCUCCCGACCAUUGGAGGAUCCCAAGCUCUCAUGUUGCCCUUACUGUCACCAGUGACAUUUAAUUCCAAACAGGAGUCCUUCGGGCCAGCAAAGCUGCCCAGGCUUAGCUGCGAGCCCGUCAUGGAGGAAAAAGCUCAGGAGAAAAGCAGUCUGUUGGAGAAUGGGACAGUCCACCAGGGAGACACCUCAUGGGGCUCCAGCGGUUCUGCAUCUCAGUCCAGCCAAGGCAGAGACAGCCACUCCUCCAGCCUGUCCGAACAGUACCCCGACUGGCCAGCCGAGGACAUGUUUGACCAUCCCACCCCAUGCGAGCUCAUCAAGGGAAAGACUAAGUCAGAGGAGUCCCUCUCUGACCUUACAGGUUCCCUCCUCUCCCUGCAGCUUGAUCUUGGGCCCUCACUUUUGGAUGAGGUGCUGAAUGUAAUGGAUAAAAAUAAGUAACAAGAUGCCAACUUCUUUCCUUUGGGGUAAAAGGUACAAAAACAAACUAACCACAGUUGAAGAGAAGGGCUUCCGGAGCUGUAUUUGCAGUUUUGUGUUGGGUUUUCUAAAAUAAUAUUCUUACAAAGUAUUUUUUUACCUGUCAUGCCCUGUUUGCAAAAACAAUUUAGAAAAAAACAACAAAGCAAAACCUAUCUUGGCAAAAAGAGGAAGUGAGUCAGAGCCCAUUUUCAGGAGGCAUUGGUGAUGUUCGGCUCACAUAGUGUUUGCAGACACACAAGAAAUCUGGCUUGGCCAGGAUUGGCACUAGCUAUGAAGGGCUGAGCGAGUCACAUUAAGGAACUUCACGGAACUUUAUAGCACUCCGACAUUUUCUGAGCAAGAGGAAGUCAAAAUUUAUUUAACACCUAAGCCUUUUUGUAGACUCUUUUCUAUAUAUUGCUUGGGCUCACCAUAGCGAAUUCUCCAGUGUUAAAACUUUUCUGUUUUCACAUUUGAACUUUAUGGGUUUUGGGGAUUUUCUUGUAGUUCUUAUAUAUCCCUAUAUAUUAUAUCUAUAUUGCAAAAUUUUGACUGUCAGCUACAUGUUGGUAAGACACAGGCAAAGUAUUACUGUAACUAAGUUAUUUUUAAAGUUAAAAUAUAUUUUUACGUGCCUUUGGCUUUUUAUUGCAGAGUCUACAUUUUAUAGAUUCUACAUCAGAUGUUGUCACUUAUUUCCAUUGGGAUUCCAUUGUAAGCUGUGUAUGUGUGUGUUUGGAAAAGUGUAUUCAUACUUAGUUUUUUUUUUUCUUCAUCUGUUAUCAUACUUUUAACAGCAACCAAUAACGGAUUGUAAAGUGUAAAGGCACAGGUUACUCAUGAUGCUUCUGCAGAGACUGUGGGCUACACCACAUAUGUUAUUUGGAAAUAUAGGUAUUUUAGUACAGUAUACUUGCAUUACAUAGGUACUUCAAACAACACAAUAAAAAGUAAAUGAUAAAGUGAACUUGCUUGUUUAUAGUAAUAAACAAGACCAUAAGAGAAUAAGUAUAGCUAGAGAAAUUGCUUCUCUGAAAUGUACAUGAGCCCUUAAGGUAAGAGAUGAUUUCCAUCUACUCUCAUUUUGAUUACUUCCUUAUGGUUUGAGAGGCUAGAAACUGAGCCUCUCUACUUUAGGAAAAAUGAACAUGUGAGGUCAGAUUUUUUUUUUUUUAAGUCAACACUGAUGCCACCCUCUCAGUGGUCAUUUCUGAGCAUCUUCCUGACUUGAACACCUUCUACAGCAAACUCUUGCAAGUCCAGUUUCAUCCCUGUAAGGCAAAUGUCUUUUCACGCAGAAAGUGCCAUAUAGACAAGAUAAAGGCAGCUAAAACGAGGGAAGUAGAGAGCACUUACCUGACCCCAAGGUGCCAGAGAUGCCCUGAGGAUGGUGGUUAAGGAAACAGGAGCAGGAAAUGUACACAUAGAUUCCUGUCCCUUUGGCAACCACCCCUUCCCCAUCAAAGAAAAACACUUGCACACAGUAACUACCAGCUCCUUCUCUCAAACUUGUAUUUCUCCUGGAAAUGUAUCUCAGAAAUGACCUCCUCUCCCAACCUCUUCAACAAUUCUUUCUUUGGGUUUGGGGUUCUUGCAAUUCCAUCAUCUAAAAUAACCUUUGGACUACAGGUAAAAUGCAAUUAGGACAACUAACCAAGUAGACGAAACAAGUUCCCCUAGGCAGGGGCGUCCAAUAUUUUAGCUUCCCUGGACCGCACUGGAAGAAUUUUCUUGGGCUACAUGUAAAAUACACUAACACUAACCAUAGUUGAUGAGCUUAAAAAAAUAAAAAUAGAAAAUUGCAAAAAAAAAAAAAAAUCUCAGACUGUUUUAAGAAAGUUUAAAAAUUUGUGUUGGACUUCAUGCGGGCCACAGGUUGGACAAGCUUGCCCUAGGGCAUUGCGUGCUUUCCUUAACUUCUCAGUUGUAUUUCGUUAUCCAUGACUCUCCAGUGUUUUUUCUGUUGGACCACACCCAUCACAGUUCACAGUUCCAAAUAGAAAUUUCCCAGCCUAUUCUAAAUCUUGUUAAUGACGAAGAGUCCAAUGUAUCUCAUUAUUUGUAGCCAAUUUUAGACUCUUUUCAAUACCUCCCCCCCAUUUUAAUUAGUAUUGAUCAUAUUCAGUCUUUCAUUUUACUCUUCAUCUGUAGCGUGACCUCAAGGUAAAGAUGAAACUAUUUCAUGAAAAGGGGAGGAGUAUGGCUGUGCAUUAGCUCUACUCCCUCUCUGGUAAGUACUGGGGAGAGAACAGCCCUGCCAGUACUGGGUUUGAUAGAUUCUAAAUAUUAAUCACACAUCCUGCCUACAGUUAGCCAUUUUAGUUUCUGGGAGUUCUUUCAUGUACAUUUUCUUCCAUUAAUUGAAUUAGGUAUAAUUGAGAUGGCAAUAAAUAUGCCCGUAUUAGAAAGAGGAAACAAAGCUACAUCCGGCUUAUGAUUUUGUUGAGUCACUUCUCCCGAGGCAGCCUUUCCAAUGCCUGGUCCCUUCCCCUGAGAGCAGGUGGACUGCUGGUGGUGGCUUUCUUUCCUGCAGAGAGGCACUUUAGACCCGUACCUGCUGUGAGCUGAAUUGAUGUUCUCAUCCUGUGAACCUUCUCCCACUUUAACCUAAUUUAUCUUUACUUGUUUAAAGAUAAGGAAACCCAAGAUGUACUUUAUUUGCAAACUCAAAGCAAAUGGCGAGCCACCUGUGACCCAAUAACCAGAAAAGAAACCAUGCCAUUUGUAUAAGUAGAGACACUUCUUGUUGAGGUAGGCAAGGCUCUUGUGAGCGAUUUUUUCCCCUAGUGAGACCUAACAAAAGACAAGCUAUAUUAUUUCUGCCUGAAAUUAUCUGCUUGAAAAGAUCAAAAUAUCAGGAUACUUAGCUCUUCACAAAUAUGAAGUCAUUAUCACAUUUCACUGAGCCAGAAAUCACUGUUAACAGCACACACAAAAGACUACACUGGUUGAACAGCAAAGAGAAACCCGGGUCUCCAGAAUCACAGUUUAGUCCUUCUAUAUUACUGCAAGUGACCUGUUUUUUCUGAAGGCUCCCCGCAAAUGAAGUCCUGGAAUGGAAAAAAUCCCUAAGUCCAUAAAUUAACUUGAUAAAUAUUUUAGAACAGACAAAAGAAAAUAUUGAGUGAUGUAGUUCUAAUCCUCCUUCUAAUAUGGAACCUGGCAAGACUGAAUCAUUUUACUGUGAAAUAUAUAAACACAAUAGAAUGAGCCAACAUGAUGGUUUCUCUCCAGUAAGAGUUUUUCUUUUGGAAAUGAGGUUAACCUAGCCCCAAAUCUAGCAAUUCUCAUAAAAUCCGAUUUUAGAAUUAGCCUCCCAGAUUAAUCUGAAUGAUUGACUUAUUUUUUCUUAGGCAAGUCAGUAAGCCACCCACUAGACAGCCAUAUCCAGCAAAAUAAGAGAAGUUUCCAGAUGCCAAAUGAUAAGCCACCAUCAACCCAGAGGGGAAGCCUUCUGGUUGGUUUGGCUGUAUGAGAUUCAGGAAGGCCGGAAUACCCAAAAGUAUUCACACGACAUUAACUUAUUGGUACUGGCUAAGCAAUACAUGUAUUUCCUAAAGGAGGAGAUGGUCUUUUGGUUGAUUUAUGGACACACUUGUUUCAUCUGACUGUAAAUAUAUUGCAUGCUUUAUUCUGAUGGUGCACUAUUUCAUCCAGCAAGCUUUUCAUCUGAGAAUGUUUAAUGUUGACCUUAUUCUUAGAGCAAGUAGAUCUAAAUAUUUUUCAGCUGAGUUAUUAGGGAGUCAUUAUUCUGUGGUACAAUGCUGCAGAAAGCAUCAUGUGGAAGAAUGGGAACUAUGCUUACUUUAUGAAGUGAUGUAUAACACAAUGAAAUCUGUUUUACAACUAC